AUGGUGAAAGUUCCCGGGAUGCCCGCUUGUGAUUCUAAUUCGGCCCCAGCUGUACGCUUUCUCCAUGGGACGGCCAUAGGUGGGAAGUACUCGAACACACACACUGCUCGCCUCACCCGUCGUUACCGUUGCCGCCUACUCGAAAAAGCCAACGAUUGAUGAAAGUGCGAAAAGAGACUGAGCGUGAUCGCAUGGAAAGAAGGGGCAGCCAGCAGUUGUGUUGUGUGUCGCAGUCUCCCAGGCCAGGUGUUCCCGUUUGCUCUCGAUGCCCGUACGCCGUCCGUCCGCUGUGGUUUGCGUGUACACCCGUUUGCUCGUGCGUGCUUUCCUAGACUAUACUAAUAGUAUGGACCACAUCUAUCAUUGCUCCGUCUGAAAACUCUUGUGUUUUUUAACACGCGUGUUUGUGUUUAUUAACACGCGUUGUACGACGACCAGGCCGUGUUUUUUUAAUAAAGGUUGUGUUUUUCAACACGCGCUGUACGACGAUCAGGUGGAGUGAUGAUGUUGUACCAUGUAGGUUAACUCGUUCCAUCUAUCAAUACUCCGUCUGAUGACUCCGAGUUUUUUUUACACGCGUUGUACGGUAAACAGGCGGAGUUGAUGAGGGUGUACAUUGUCCCAAGUGGGUUAACUCCGAUACAUACAUGCGCCUUCUUUGUUCUUGCUGUGGAAACCCGAGUUCGAUUCUCGGAUUGGAAGCCACUCUCCGUUUCUUUUUCUUUUUUUCUCUGUUAUUAAUAUUAUUAUUUAUCAUUUCCAUCAUCAUUUAGUGAUAUUUUUCCAACUGUGGUCACCACUGUGUUUCCUUCUUUUAGUAAUUUAUUCACGUCUUUUUUUUUUUUUCUCUCAUAUCCUUGAUUAUUAUUAGUUUUUUUCUUCCUGCAUCCUUUCCUUUUUUUUGUGUUCCUUGUAGUAGUUUAUUUUCUUUUUUUCUCUUGUUCCUUUUCUAUCCUUUCUUAUCAUUAUUAGUUUUUCUUGCUAUGUCCAUUCCUUUUUUCCUUCACUAUUAUGUAUUUGACUUACAUUUAUGUACUUUGAAGUAUUUUUUUUUUCUUUUGUACUGUAAUCGCUUACCUCUCCUUUUUCGGUGCUAGUAUUGAUCGGUCCCAAGUUGAAGGGGUGUACGGUAGGUAACCGGUUGCUGUGCACGUAUCCCGUGGCUGGUUACUGCCCUGACCUUUGUUACUCCCUCCGUUGUUUUUUUUUUGUCCCUUGUCCGUCGUCGCUUCUCCCUCCAGUUGGUGAACGUUGCGAAUGCUACCUGAGCAGAUUGAGAGCAUUAAGCUGUCACCUGUUGCGCUGCACGUAUUUUCACUCACCGAUAUUUAGACUUCCAAUUUUGCACAUUUGUCAGCUGCGUUUGUAACGAAAUGUUGCCGUUAUUUUUUUUAAUUUACAUGCGGCACUUCUGAAUGGUGUCGCCACGCAAUUCUCGCUCAUAGGCCAAAAUUGCCAAGUAAGCCCGUUUUUGUCCUCACUCUUUUCCGUACCUGUUCUACCUUUUGCUUCCGGUUCUGCCUUUUUCGAGCCCUGUGGCCCUGAGCCGGUUGCGUUUUGUGCGCCGAUCGCGAUGUGUUAACCUUCCUUUCCGCUGUUCUCUGCGCCGCUCGGCGCUCUGCUGUCUUCCGUUUGCUCCUUGGAUUGCCUCCCGUAUUUGGCUCUGACCAGGUGGCGCCUUGUGCGUCGGUGGCUUUGCGUUGACUUCCUUUCGGACACGGUUGCACCUUUCGCUGCAAGCUGCGGUUACAGUUUCUGCGCCUUUCGC